CAGGUUGUUCCCUGAGGAUGCCCAGGUAGACACCAUUGUUUGGGAUCAGAUCCACCAAAUCAGCUGGAACUACUUUUGUAGGAAGUUUUGUAAUCUUUCAGUUUUUAUAUAAGUAGAAGAAACUUUCAUUUUUUUCCCCCAUUUCAUUCCUUUGCCAUCUCUGAAGUUUAACGAUGGCCAAUGCAGGAAUACAGCUUCUCGGCUUCUCGCUGGCCUUUCUGGGCUUCAUUGGCUCGAUAGCAUCCACAGUCAUGGUGGAGUGGAAAGCUUCGUCCUAUGCAGGAGACAACAUCAUCACAGCUCAGGCGCUGUAUGAAGGACUGUGGAAGACCUGUGCGUCACAGAGCACGGGUCAGAUUCAGUGUAAAGUCUAUGAUUCACUUCUCCAGCUCCCAGGGAUUGUACAGGGCACACGAGGGCUGAUGUUGUCUGCCAUCUUGCUGUGCUUUAUUGCCAUCUUGGUGGAGGUGGUUGGCAUGAGGUGCACCACCUGCAUGGGAGAUCAACCACAGCAGAAGGACAAAGUGGCACUGGCAGGAGGGGUUAUCUUCAUUUUUGCUGGUCUGCUUGCUCUGGUGGGAACAUGUUGGUAUGGCCACAGAAUUGCACAGGACUUCUAUGACCCAUUCACUCCCACUAACGCAAAGUAUGAAUUUGGAAGUGCCCUGUAUGUUGGAUGGGGGGCUGCAUUUCUCAUCCUGAUAGGAGGGGGCUUCCUCUGCUGCAACUGCUCCAGCAAGGGCUCAUCAGGGAAGUCUCCACGCUACCCACCGUCCUCUGCCGGCCAGACAGGCAGGGACUACGUCUAGCCUGUGCUCAUGGAAGGAGCAUUCAGAUUUUUAAAAAAAUGUUUUGCAGCAUGUAUGGUGUUGAAAUUGGUGUAUGUUUACAGUUGUUGGGAAAUAAAUUCAGUUCUUUUGUCCGUAUGAGAACAAACAAAAAUGUUUGGAAAAUACUUUGCAUUUUAACAAUGAAAUGCAUUUUGAAAUUGAAGUUUAUAAAUGCUAAUUAUGACCAACUAAGAACUUAAGCAAAACAAUAAUAUAAUUUAAAUGAUUUAAAGUGUUUUUGACUGGAAUUAUUCUUUGGUUUUGAGGAUUCAGAAAAUAUCUUUACCCAGAAUAGGUUCAGGAAUUCUCAGGACUCUUUAUUUCCCAAAGUCUUUGCAACUAACACCCAUUUUUGUUUUAUAUUUCCUUGUUUGGAAGCUUGUGAUUAUUCUGUCAUUACAUGUGAAAUAAAAAUCCUUGUUACUCUC